AUGGCAUUCAAUUCUGGCGAAAAAUUGCCUUUAAUUGAACCUCACCAUUACGUUAAACUUUCAAAAAUUAUUUCACCACCAAAAUUAUCAUCCGAUAAAAUUCAUGAAAAUGUGGCCGCAGUCUUUCCGUAUAUUCGGCAGAAAGUUAAAAUGUGGGGUGUUGAUAUUCUUAAAGCAGAAAACUUUAAUAAAAGUUUAAUUGAUUACUGUGAAAAGGAUGAGGAAUCUACCGACGAUGAAUCAAACGGUAAAAACCAAAGUAACAGAUUAUCUCGGUUUGAUUGCAUUGCUACUUUAUUUGCCUCAGCUGAAUGUACUGUAGUUCAAGAUAUCUUUCGAACUAUAUCUCAAUUUCCAAUUGCAUUUCCUUUAUUGAUACCCGAAUUGAAUAAAGCGGAAAAGUAUAAAACGAUGUUUCCUUUAUUUACAGGACCAGUUAUCAAAUGGGAAACAAGUAAUGGAACAUUAGUAGAAAAUCACCUUUUUGAAGAUCCCUUUAAAAUGAUUGUUGUAGUUCGAAUUGGAUCGAGUCACAAAGGCAAAAGUACUAUAAUUAAUCAGUUAAUGAAUUCAAACUAUAUGUUCACUUCGUGUAAUGAGCCAGGAGCGGAAUAUGGAAUUCCACAUAUGGUCAGCGGAAGUAUUGAAUUCGUUUGCUUAACCGAAGAAACUUGUGGAAGUGGCUUAUGGAACAAUGUUUUUAAAAAUUAUUAUGAAAAAGAAGAAAAGAAGAUCGUGUUGCUCGCAAAUUUACAUGGUGAUGCCUUAAAUUAUCCUGAUCAGAUAGAAUUUCUAAAACAAUUUCCAUCCUGCUUCUUGAUUUUCCUAAUGCCUGGAUACGAUGAAACUCAAAAAGAUAAAUUCAAAAAUUUAAUCAGCCCGGAUAAAACAAUAUAUAUCUAUGUGGAUCCUGACAACAAAGAUAAAAAUGAAAAGCACAAAAUUUAUACAAAUAAAUUGCUUCAAUAUAGAGAAAUAAAAAAAGUUUAUGAAAUGUUCAAAGAUAUUUUAGCGUUAAAUUUUGAUGAAUUCCCAAUUGUUACUAAUCAAUUAAAAAUGGGAAAAACACUUAAAUUUGCUGGAAAUAUUGAGUUUCCUGAAUCUAAAUAUGUAGUAGAUUUUAUUAAGGAUAAAACUUGCUAUCACAUUAAGAUGAAUAUUAUGCAACUUCAAAAAAAACAAUUUGAAGAUGAGUCAAACAGCAUAAAAUUUUGGCAACAAACGAUUGAGUUACAGGAAUUAAUUCGACUAUUCGCCGGUAUUUUAGAUCUACCUCUCGAUAUGAGAAGACAAGCUUUAGCACAUCUUGAAAGGGAAGUAUCCAGGCUUUCUAUGGAAGAGUCUUUAGAAUCUCGUAAUAACGUUAUAUUGAAAAGAAAUGAAUUAAAUAAUGCAGGCAUUAAAAUUGAUCAAGAAAAGGAUAAAGAAAUUCGAAAAGAAAUUACAAAACUUUUGGAAAAAGUUGAUAACAUAAGUUUGUGUAUAGAUCAUUUUUUCCGUGAGUUAGGACUUGUUUAUAAAAUUAUUAUUUCUGAUUCCGACAAUGAUCCAAAAAUUAUUUCCCCCAAUGGUCCAACUAAAGAAAAUGUUUUGAAAUUACCUGAAUAUUGUGCUGAACUGCUAAUUAGCGGUAAUACUAUUGAGUUACUUGGUGAUUCUACAACCAUAAAUAAAGCUUGGUUCUCAGCCAUUUGUAAUUGCAUCGAUAAACGACUUCCUAAACUUAGAGUUUUUGUAAUAAGCAUACUCGGAUUACAAUCUUCUGGAAAGUCAACUCUUUUAAAUGCACUUUUCGCAUGCAAAUUUCCAAUUUCAGCUGAGCGCAGUACCAAAGACAUAUCUGAUCAACUUGGCGUCAAUGCUUUUAUCUUGAUUGACACGGAAGGACUUGGUGCAUCCGAGAAAAUGGGUGAUGCAGAAUCAGAAAAGAAGGAUCGAAUGUUAGCAACUUUUGCAAUGGGAAUAAGCAAUUUAACGAUUAUUAAUGUAUUAGGAGAAUCAAUGAAAGAGCUGACUGAAAUCCUGCAGAUAGCAACUGUGACAGUGGCACGUCUUGAAAAAGUUGGUAUGUCCCCUGAUAUGAUUAUGGUACAACAUGUUUCAGAAAGAAAUACGGCAAAAUUAAAUGAGUCAGUGCAAAAAUUUCGUGAUUCUCUUCAAGAAGCUUUGAAAUUAAUCGAAGAGAAAGAUGGCGAGAUGGUGUCACUUAACCCUGAGUGUCUUGACAUUCUUGAUGCAAGAAUAAAAAGUGGAAAACUCCUCAAAAUAUUUUCUCCAUUUAAAGAUGGUACAACCCCUUACUCCCCACCAUCGAAAAAAUAUCAUGAAGAUAUUAUUGAUUUGUAUAAUUCUAUAAUUAAUGAUUGCGAAAAAUCAAAAAGUAAAAAAAACUUUGCAGAUUGGUACAAAUUAACUAUAAAUUAUUGGGAUGCAGUAUCGCAGGAAUAUUUCGUCAAGAAUAUCAAUGAAAUUUAUAGAUUUAUUGAACUUAAGAAACUUGAGAAACGAGUCACCAAUUUGAAAAAAACUUUUGACAUGGCAUUUUUUCAAUAUGGACAAUCACAUAUAUACGAAGGCCAUAUCACGGGUGACCAUUUAUUAAGAGCUAUUCAUAAAAAAGCAGUAUUUAGCAUUGCUUGGAUAAACAACACCCAAACAAUUAGACUUAAAUAUUUUAUUGAACUUGCUGAACAAGUUCAUAAUGGUGACAAAGAUAAAGGUGUUCAGCACUUUUUAAACCCGCGUGAAAGUAUUGAAAA